AUGGCAAAUUCAACAGCAGCCAUUAAAAGUAUUUUGCCUGAACUUCCCAAUGAAAAAAUAGAUAUGUUGGCAGCCACCAGUAUUUUGCAGCAGCAAGCCUCAGAAAUUAGAGCACAAAGAGUAAUAUGGCAGUCUUAUUCUCAAUCUCAAAUGAUUUCCCAAGAAGAUUACAAUUUUAUUGUCGCAUUUGACAAUGCUGAUGGUCCCGGUAGAAAGAAAAUAUUGGAAGAAAACAGGAGUCAGUGUGCUAAGACAUUUUUGAAUCUUUUAGGCCACAUUUCAAAAGAUCAAACGAUUCAGUAUAUUUUGAUCAUGAUAGAUGAUAUGCUUCAAGAAGACAGAAGUAGAGUUGAAAUAUUUUCCGAGUAUUCAGCAAAAAAAAAAGAAGGGUUUCUCGGACCCUUUUUAAAUCUUUUAAAUCGUCCAGAUGGGUUCAUACAAAAUAUGACAUCAAGAAUAAUAGCAAAAAUGGCAUGCUGGAGUUCCGAUUUAAUGGACAAAUCUGACCUCCAUUUUUAUCUGGCCUGGUUAAAUGAUCAGUUAAAAUUAAAUAACAAUGAAUACAUGCAAUCCGUUGCACGAUGUUUGCAAAUGAUGCUUCGUAUAGACGAGUAUCGUUUUGCUUUUGUGUCAGUGGAUGGAAUAUCAACGAUUUUAAAUGUAUUAUCUGGAAGAGUUAAUUUUCAGGUUCAAUAUCAGCUCAUUUUUUGCCUUUGGGUACUUACUUAUAAUCCAUUGCUUGCAGAAAAAAUGAAUAAAUUUAAUGUGAUUCCAAUUCUCACCGAUAUUUUGAGUGACUCUGUGAAAGAAAAGGUUAGCAGAAUAAUUUUGGCAGUUUUUCGAAAUCUCAUUGAGAAACCUGAAGACAGUGAUAUUUCCAAAGAGCAUUGUAUUGCCAUGGUUCAGUGUAAAGUUCUCAAGCAAUUAAGUAUUUUGGAACAAAGAAAGUUUGAUGAUGAAGAUAUUUGUUCAGAUGUUGUUUACCUCAACGAAAAACUUCAAGCAUCCGUGCAAGAUUUAAGCUCUUUUGAUGAAUAUGCCAGCGAAGUGAAAUCAGGAAGGUUGGAGUGGAGUCCAGUUCAUAAAUCGGCUAAAUUCUGGAGGGAAAAUGCUGGACGGCUAAACGAAAAAAACUAUGAGCUUUUAGCCAUUUUAAUUGAUUUAUUACAACAAUCUAAGGAUCCUCUUGUUUUGAGCGUAGCCAGCUUUGAUAUAGGAGAAUAUGUGAGACAUUAUCCACGAGGAAAGAACGUUAUCGAACAGCUUGGAGGAAAACAAUUAGUGAUGCAACUCCUUGGACAUGAUGAUCCAAAUGUUCGCUAUGAAGCUCUGAUAGCUGUUCAAAAACUCAUGGUUCACAAUUGGUGA